AUGACAACAUUACCCACCGAGAUCAUAUUUAGACAUGGUCUUGAACAGCGUCAGCUUAUUUUGAAUGAAAAACUAAUUCUAGCACUAAAUGAUAUUUGUAGCAGAGUCAACCUGGAGUUAGAAGAAUUAGCUAAAAGUCAGCAAAUUAAAAAUAUUGUACAAGUUACACGUCAGCAAAUCCGUACACAAAUUAUUUCUACUAAUGAUUUACAAUUAUGGUGUAAUGAAAGAAUUAAUUACCCACCAGCUAAUCAAUUGCGUCGGGUUUUUAUACCGUUUUAUGAAGUAAAAGAUAUUGAUAAUAUAUUUGUGUAUUAUAAAUGUCAUUUUCAUCCAAUUGGCUUAUGCUGGGUAUCAUCUGAUGACGCUGCUUCAACAUAUAAAACAUUAUUUCAAGGUGUUCCUAUAUGGGUGUCUAACAUUAAUCAACAAACAUAUUUGAUAUCACACGUGAUGGGUGAUGAAGCUGCAGGUAUUACAAGUGCAAUGUCAGUUAUACCACAAAGUCGUAGAUUAAUGUGUUGGGCACAUAUGAUUAGAAAAUAUCGUGAACAUAGAAAAUUGAUUCCAAAUGAACAAAAAUGGUUACAUGUUGAAAAAGAUAUUGUUAAUUUACAAUUAUGUUUUCAAGAUGAUUUGUUUAAUCAAGCAGCAAGUUUGUUAUUAUGUAAAUGGGGUUUAGACAAUCAACUAGAUGGAUUUUGUACAUAUUUUGAAGGACAAUAG